GCAUUCCGGAAUUGGAAAGCGAUUGGAUGGCGCCAUAUCUGCUUUGGUCUUGCGAGCCCGGUUUUUGAUAUUUUUUUAUUUCGAUUGGCUUGAAGCUUGGUGUUGCCCACCCUCUUGAAGCCGUACACAAUCCAUAGUAUUGCAAUUCUUUUUCUCCUGUGGGGAAUCCAGCCUGUACUGCAAGUUGCAGCAAGUCAAUUUUGUGAAUGGCGUGUCGCAGUCAAUCAGAAAGUUCACAACCCGACUAUCCCCAACAGUUGUGCUGCGUUUGAACACCAAUAUGUGUACGCAGAUAGAAGUAAGAUAAAGUAUCGGGCCAGUGGAAAAAGAGCGGCCGACCGCGGAAGACUCGUUGCGAACGGUGCUUUGAGCAGCUGCGACAGUGACGUCCAAAGAAGUGAAAUUCGGCAUUCGGGGUGGCUCAAGACCUGACAUGUAUAUGAAGAACAUUUUUUUCCUUUGCCUUCUUGCAUACUUCCUAUUUGAUUUUUCGUCCAUGUCGUUCUCCAGUGCUGCAUUUCGGCGCUGCCGUAAGCUUCUGGAGAGUGCUGGGAUUGAGGUGGGCGAGCCUGUGGUGGAUGUUGAUCCCAAGAAUGCAGCCUACGAUGCGUGCUCCUUGCGUUUGGGCGGAAAACCGUGUUGCUACCGCACCGCAAAGAUCACGCCCACCAAGAAUGGAGCCUUCGUCACAUGUUGGAAGCGUCCCGGAGGGAAAGGUCCAAUUGUUCCUUUCACACCUGAGGAUCUUCAUGCGCUUCUGGUGGCAGUGGAGGAAGGUAGCAAGUUUGGAUUCUUUGUUUUCCCUGCAAAAGAUCUCUUGAAACAGAAGAUUCUUUCGAAGGAGUCUGGAGGAGAGAAAGGAAAACUCUCCUUUAGAGUCUAUGCGCCUUGGGUGGCGACUGAAAGCAAGCAGGCGGCAGCAACGCAAACUUGGCAAAAUCCGUUCUUCGUGGAAUCUGGGAAGAGGGGCUGCGAAUCGAUUCUGCAAGAGACUUUCACUGAGAGUCGCAAGCGUCCCGGUGUGGAGUAGGGUCAGUCGAUGAAGACUGCCGCCGGCAUCAAGUUGAUGUAUUUGAGCAAGUCUUGUGCUUUUGAGUCCAGAUUGCAAGAGCGCUUGCCCGGUGUGUCUCCUGAAUGCGGAACCUAGCGGCUUCGCUGCGCCCUUGUGGCUAGAUUGGUAGUCUGCCCUUGGACAGCAAAAGAAGACCAUGCCGUGAGUUUCCAAAGCGUUCCACUUGCAGCAAGUCUGGCGCACCGGCUGUCAAGGUUGGGAAAAAGAACUGCACGCUUUGCCAUUUUGCGCAUGGUCG